CGAUUUGAUUAAAAUUUCUUUGUUUUUCUAUUUGUACUCUUUCUCUUCUCGUCUCUUACACAAAGAGGAAGAAGAAAGUGAGGAGAGAGAAAACUAGACGUUGGAAGUUCAACACAGAAAGAAAGAAAUAAGGCAGCCGUUUUUCUCAUUCUUCCACCCUUCCAUUUUCCCAAACACAUUGCCUUUUCUCUCUCUUAAAUCAUGAAAUAAAUAAACCCCAUUUACAGAGAGUGUGAGAAGUUCAAAAACUCAAAAGGGGUUCAUCAAUGGCGGCGUUUUUGAAGCUGUUUUUGCUGUAUUUUGUUUGCGCAACUGGGUUACUCACAAGGCGGUGUUUCGGUGGUGAUCCUUACGUUUACUAUCAUUUUGUUUACUCUUACAGAACCCUCUCUCCCUUGGGCACUCCUCAGCAGGUUAUAGUGGUCAAUGGUCAGUUUCCGGGGCCUAUAAUCGACGUCGUGACCAAUAACAAUGUCGUCGUUGACGUGAAAAAUAAAUUGGAUGAAAAUCUCCUGGUUAAUUGGAAUGGGAUUCAAAUGCGGGAUAAUCCUUGGCAAGAUGGUGUGCAAGCAACAAAUUGUGCCAUUCCUCCCAAAGCAAAUUUCACUUAUCAAUUCCAGGUCAAGGAUCAGAUCGGAAGCUUCUUUUACCACCCAUCUAUCAACUUUCAACGGGCUGCUGGUGGGUUUGGCCCGUUUAUGAUUGGCAACAGGAGCGUAAUCCCUUUACCUUUCCCAAAACCGGAUGCAGAUAUUGUUCUCAUGAUUGGGGAUUGGUAUAUCCGGGACCAUAAGGCGCUGAGGACAGACUUGAAUGCUGGGAAGGAUCUAGGAAUGCCAGAUGGAGUUCUUAUCAAUGGAAAAGGGCCUUACCAAUAUAAUACUAGCCUUGUUCCUGAUGGUAUUGAGUAUGAGAACAUUCAAGUUGAGCCAGGCAAAACGUACCGAUUCCGAGUACAUCAUAUUGGAAUCUCAACUAGUUUGAACUUCCGAAUUCAAAACCACGUUCUGAAUUUGGUUGAAACUGAAGGAUAUUACACAUCACAGACAAAUUACAGCAACUUCGAUAUCCAUGUUGGGCAGUCGUAUUCAUUUCUUGUUACAAUGGAUCAGAAUGCUAGCAAUGAUUAUUACAUUGUAGCAAGUGCUAGGUUUCAGAACGAAUCUCAAUGGGAGCGAGUCAUUGGUGUGGCGAUUUUGCACUAUUCUAAUUCUAAAGGAAAAGCAGCUGGCCCUCUCCCAGAUCCCCCUAAUGAUUUUUAUGACAAGACUUGGUCUAUGAACCAGGCCAGAUCUGUCAGGCAAAAUGGAUCUGCGAGUGGAGCUCGUCCUAAUCCACAAGGCUCUUUCCAUUAUGGGAACAUCAAUGUGACACAGACUUAUAUAUUCCAGAGUUUGCCACCAACAACUAUCAAGGGAAAACCCGGUGCAACUUUAAAUGGCAUCUCAUUUGUUAACCCUAAAACUCCAAUAAUGCUUGCUGACUGGAAGGAUGUGAAGGGAGACUACAAGCUUGAUUUUCCCAGCAAGCCACUAACAGGCCAUUCUCGGUUGGAUACUUCGGUUAUUGAUGGUACAUUUAAAGGAUUUGCUGAAAUUGUAUUUCAGAACAAUGAUACAGUGAUGCAGACCUUUCACGUGGAUGGAUUUUCGUUCUAUGUUGUUGGGAUGGAUUAUGGUGUAUGGAGUGAAGACAGGCGUGGUAGCUAUAACAAAUGGGAUGCUAUUUAUCGCUGCACUAUACAGGUCUAUCCUGGUGCUUGGACAGCUGUGUUUUUGUAUCUAGACAAUCCAGGGACAUGGAACAUCAGAACAGAAAACCUUGAUAGAUGGUAUCUAGGCCAAGAAACAUACAUAAAGCUUGUCAACGAUGAAGAUAAGGGAUCUCAAUUUGCUGCCCCUCAUAAUGUCAGAUUCUGUGGUGCUCUGGCUGACUUACAGAGAGAAAGUGGGGCACCAUCGAUCAAUGGCAACAUGAAGUUGAUUGUGAUAAUGCUGAUUGUGGUCUUUUUUUUCUCUAGUUGAUUUAAGUUAGAACAUUUUGAUUAUUAUUAUUUAUAGUGUUCUAGUCUUCCAUAGAUAGGCACAUGAAGUCUCAUCAUAGUACAAAGAGUUUGAUGUGUUUAAUUAAGUCUGUUGAUAUUUGAGGCGGAAAGCGGGAAUUGUGUGUAGCUUCUUCAAUUGUAAAAACAGGGCAUUUUCUUCCCCUCUUAGUGUUGAUUAAUGUAGUUUCAUUAAUGAAAAGCUAAGAUUUUCUGAAAUACCAUUAUAAACACUAAUAGAGAUUAGUUUUAUGCUAUGUUACAAACUUACUA